AUUUUUUGCUUUUGGUAGAAUUUUAUAAAUAUGACAUUAAUUCCUGGCUACCCUAUUUCAUGUGUGGUUUAACAAACAAAGAGGAAUUUGCCCAUUUUUUAAUUAAAUAAUCCCAUUUAUUCCAUGCUUAUCAAUUUUAUUGUAUAGGUCUUGUAACCGAGUAGCCAAACUGGAUUGAAAAUAAUGAUGGACUCGGACGCGUCCGGGGCAGACUUCUGCCGAUUCUGUCGCUCCGAGGCUACGUCGGACCGGCCAUUGUUCCACCCAUGCAUCUGCACCGGGUCUAUAAAAUGGAUACAUCAGGAAUGUCUCGUUCAAUGGAUGCGAUACUCGCGAAACGAGAUCUGCGAGUUGUGCGGGCACCGGUUUUCGUUUAUGCCGAUUUACUCGCCGGACAUGCCGGGCCGGCUGCCGAUUCGGGACGUGGUCGGCGGGCUCGUGACGUCAGUCGCGUCAGCUGUGAAGGACUGGCUCCACUAUACUUUAGUAGCGCUCGCCUGGCUCGGCAUAGUGCCGCUCACGGCCUGUAGGACCUAUCGCAGCUUGUUCCUGGGCUCCCUGGACCCUGUAAUUUCUUUACCAUUUGACAUAGUCUCAGCUGAGAACCUGGCUAAGGAUGUUUUCUCAGGCUGUUUUGUUGUGACAUGUACUUUAUUCUCAUUUAUCGGCCUGGUAUGGCUGCGAGAACAGAUAAUGCAUGGAGGAGGCCCUGACUGGAUGGAACGGGAGAAUAUUCCACCACCUGCUGCUGAAGAUGCUCCAUUACCUGAUAAUAACAAUGACAGGGUGAAUGAUGGAGCAGGGGAUGAUGGGGGAGCCAGGGAGGAGGCUCCAGAAGCUGCAGAAGGGGAUUUAAUAGUUGGAGAUGAAGCAAAUUGGAACCCUAUGGAAUGGGAUAGAGCUGCAGCAGAAGAGUUGACAUGGGCGCGUCUACUGGGUUUAGAUGGCUCUAUGGUUUUUUUGGAGCAUGUAUUCUGGGUGGUGUCACUGAAUACAUUGUUUAUAGUGGUGUUUGCAUUCUGCCCUUAUCAUAUAGGGAGAUUGGGGGCAGCAAUGGCUGGAUUUAAUGCAGAUGGGCCAUUCUCUGGGCCCCUGACAGCACUAGCAGGCUAUGUGCUGGUUGGAGCCAUUUUGGCUGUGCUGCAUGGGGCAGCAUCGCUGCUCCGCCUCCGCAGUGCCAAGAAGGCACUGGGAUUCUGCUAUGUGGUUGUGAAAGUGGCUUUGCUGUCAGUUGUGGAGAUUGGAGUAAUCCCGCUAGUAUGCGGCUGGUGGCUGGACCUCUGUUCCCUCUCCAUGUUCGACGCCACCCUCAAGGACCGCGAAGCCAGCCUCCAAGCCGCCCCCUGGACCCUCAUGUUCAUCCACUGGCUUGUUGGCAUGGUCUAUGUUUACUACUUUGCCUCAUUCAUACUGCUGCUAAGAGAAGUACUAAGACCUGGAGUGCUUUGGUUCUUGAAGAACUUGAAUGAUCCUGAUUUUAGUCCAGUGCAGGAAAUGAUCCACCUGUCUGUAUGGAGCCACAUCCACCGACUGGUCGCGUCGGCCAUGAUCUUCGGCACGGCGGUGCUGUUCAUGCUGUGGCUGCCCAUCCGCGUCAUCAAGCACGCGCUGCCCGGCUUCCUGCCGUACGCCGUGGCCGUGCACGCCGAGGCGCCCGUCAACGAGCUCAGCCUAGAGCUGCUGCUGUUGCAAGUGAUCCUUCCUGCGCUGCUAGAGCAGUCGCACACGCGUACAUGGCUGAAGUACCUCGUGCGAGCGUGGUGCGGGCUGGCGGCCGGCGCGCUGGGGCUGCGCUCGUACCUGCUGGGCGAGGCGCGCGGCGAGCCCGACCCCGCCGCGCCCGCGCCGCACCCGCCGCACCAGCUCGGCGCCGCGCACCAGGCUCUAAUGCGCCGCGACGGCCCGGCUGGCUACGAACCGUACGUCCGCGUUGCGUGGUUCCCGCUAAGGCUGGCCGCUCUGCUCGUCUUGGUGUCUCUAUCCCUGGUGCUGGCUAGCGCUCUCACACUGGUGAUCCCAGUGGCGAUAGGCAGGAAAGUUAUGGCGCUAUGGUUGCCCAAAGCAUCAGAAGGUGUACACGAACUUUAUACAGCUGCAUGUGGCAUGUACGUGUGCUGGGCGCUGGGCCGCGGCGGCACGCUGCUGGCGGGCUGGGCGCGCGGCGGGCGGCGGGCGCUGCUGGCGCGCGCCGCGCAGUGGGCGCGCAUCGCCACGCGCGCCGCCUGCGCCGCGCUCGCGCUGCUCGGCCUCGUGCCGCUGCUGUUCGGGCUGCUGCUGGAGCUGGUGAGUCUACACUACGGGUGGGUUAGUACAGGCAGGUACGUGUGCUGGGCGCUGGGCCGCGGCGGCACGCUGCUGGCGGGCUGGGCGCGCGGCGGGCGGCGGGCGCUGCUGGCGCGCGCCGCGCAGUGGGCGCGCAUCGCCACGCGCGCCGCCUGCGCCGCGCUCGCGCUGCUCGGCCUCGUGCCGCUGCUGUUCGGGCUGCUGCUGGAGCUGGUGAGUCUACACUACGGGUGGGUUAGUACAGGCAGGUACGUGUGCUGGGCGCUGGGCCGCGGCGGCACGCUGCUGGCGGGCUGGGCGCGCGGCGGGCGGCGGGCGCUGCUGGCGCGCGCCGCGCAGUGGGCGCGCAUCGCCACGCGCGCCGCCUGCGCCGCGCUCGCGCUGCUCGGCCUCGUGCCGCUGCUGUUCGGGCUGCUGCUGGAGCUGGUGAGUCUACACUACGGGUGGGUUAGUACAGGCAGGUACGUGUGCUGGGCGCUGGGCCGCGGCGGCACGCUGCUGGCGGGCUGGGCGCGCGGCGGGCGGCGGGCGCUGCUGGCGCGCGCCGCGCAGAGGGCGCGCAUCGCCACGCGCGCCGCCUGCGCCGCGCUCGCGCUGCUCGGCCUCGUGCCGCUGCUGUUCGGGCUGCUGCUGGAGCUGGUGAGUCUACACUACGGGUGGGUUAGUACAGGCAGGUACGUGUGCUGGGCGCUGGGCCGCGGCGGCACGCUGCUGGCGGGCUGGGCGCGCGGCGGGCGGCGGGCGCUGCUGGCGCGCGCCGCGCAGUGGGCGCGCAUCGCCACGCGCGCCGCCUGCGCCGCGCUCGCGCUGCUCGGCCUCGUGCCGCUGCUGUUCGGGCUGCUGCUGGAGCUGGUGAGUCUACACUACGGGUGGGUUAGUACAGGCAGGUACGUGUGCUGGGCGCUGGGCCGCGGCGGCACGCUGCUGGCGGGCUGGGCGCGCGGCGGGCGGCGGGCGCUGCUGGCGCGCGCCGCGCAGUGGGCGCGCAUCGCCACGCGCGCCGCCUGCGCCGCGCUCGCGCUGCUCGGCCUCGUGCCGCUGCUGUUCGGGCUGCUGCUGGAGCUGGUGAGUCUACACUACGGGUGGGUUAGUACAGGCAGGUACGUGUGCUGGGCGCUGGGCCGCGGCGGCACGCUGCUGGCGGGCUGGGCGCGCGGCGGGCGGCGGGCGCUGCUGGCGCGCGCCGCGCAGUGGGCGCGCAUCGCCACGCGCGCCGCCUGCGCCGCGCUCGCGCUGCUCGGCCUCGUGCCGCUGCUGUUCGGGCUGCUGCUGGAGCUGGUGAGUCUACACUACGGGUGGGUUAGUACAGGCAGGUACGUGUGCUGGGCGCUGGGCCGCGGCGGCACGCUGCUGGCGGGCUGGGCGCGCGGCGGGCGGCGGGCGCUGCUGGCGCGCGCCGCGCAGUGGGCGCGCAUCGCCACGCGCGCCGCCUGCGCCGCGCUCGCGCUGCUCGGCCUCGUGCCGCUGCUGUUCGGGCUGCUGCUGGAGCUGGUGAGUCUACACUACGGGUGGGUUAGUACAGGCAGGUACGUGUGCUGGGCGCUGGGCCGCGGCGGCACGCUGCUGGCGGGCUGGGCGCGCGGCGGGCGGCGGGCGCUGCUGGCGCGCGCCGCGCAGUGGGCGCGCAUCGCCACGCGCGCCGCCUGCGCCGCGCUCGCGCUGCUCGGCCUCGUGCCGCUGCUGUUCGGGCUGCUGCUGGAGCUGGUGAGUCUACACUACGGGUGGGUUAGUACAGGCAGGUACGUGUGCUGGGCGCUGGGCCGCGGCGGCACGCUGCUGGCGGGCUGGGCGCGCGGCGGGCGGCGGGCGCUGCUGGCGCGCGCCGCGCAGUGGGCGCGCAUCGCCACGCGCGCCGCCUGCGCCGCGCUCGCGCUGCUCGGCCUCGUGCCGCUGCUGUUCGGGCUGCUGCUGGAGCUGGUGAGUCUACACUACGGGUGGGUUAGUACAGGCAGGUACGUGUGCUGGGCGCUGGGCCGCGGCGGCACGCUGCUGGCGGGCUGGGCGCGCGGCGGGCGGCGGGCGCUGCUGGCGCGCGCCGCGCAGUGGGCGCGCAUCGCCACGCGCGCCGCCUGCGCCGCGCUCGCGCUGCUCGGCCUCGUGCCGCUGCUGUUCGGGCUGCUGCUGGAGCUGGUGAGUCUACACUACGGGUGGGUUAGUACAGGCAGGUACGUGUGCUGGGCGCUGGGCCGCGGCGGCACGCUGCUGGCGGGCUGGGCGCGCGGCGGGCGGCGGGCGCUGCUGGCGCGCGCCGCGCAGUGGGCGCGCAUCGCCACGCGCGCCGCCUGCGCCGCGCUCGCGCUGCUCGGCCUCGUGCCGCUGCUGUUCGGGCUGCUGCUGGAGCUGGUGCUAGUAAUACCCCUCCGAGUACCACUUGAACAAUCCCCAGUGCUAUUCGUGUGGCAAGACUGGGCGCUCGGCGUGCUCUACACGAAGAUCGUGUGCGCGCUAACAAUGAUGGGGCCGGACUGGGCCAUGCGUCGCGCCAUCGAGAAGGCGUAUAGAGAUGGCAUACGAGAGAUGGAUCUUAAGUUCAUCCUGACGGAGGUGGCCGCGCCGAUCGUGUGCUGGCUGGGGCUGGCGCUGGCCGUGCCGUACGCGGUGGCGCACAGCGUGGCGCCGCUGCUGACCAUGUCGCCCGCGCAGCGCAACCUGCUCGCGCGCCGCGUCUACCCCGCGCUGCUGCUGCUGCUCGUGCUGUCGGCCCUGGCGCAGCUGCAGAUUCGGCAGUUCCGAAAAUUAUACGAGCACAUAAAGAACGACAAGUACCUCGUCGGGCAGAGACUUGUCAACUACGACCACCGGCGACACAAACCGCAGAGCGUCGCCGCCAACUGAGCGAUACAAUGGUGUGAGAUAGAGAGAGAUAUAGAAAAGCAAGAGUUUAACUGGCCACUUUCCAUGGACGUUCUGUUUCAGACUAGGGGUUUUGUUUAUAUCAAAUAUAUUUUUGAGGGUAAUAACUUUGAGAUUACCGUAAAACUUUAGAUAAAAUGAUCAUUUUGCAAAGGUAGAGGAUUGUGUUCGGGUUAAAACAGUCCAAUUUUUCUUUUUUUGAUUUUACGGUAUACUCAUAAACUUGAUUACAGACUGCUCCUCCAAAUAUUAUACAAUUAUUUUAAUAAAGGUCCCGGUGUAUAAUGGAAUAGUUUACUAA